GCACAUACUACCACGCGCCGUCGCUAGGCCAGCACGUGUAGGCUCGUGUCUAAGGUAACACGCUUGAUUGGUAGGAAGACACCUGAGAGGCCAAGGGGCGUGGCUUAUCGGCAUCGGUCAACAGACAGUAGCCUUAGAACGCGACAUAUUGAACUAAUUAUUGUGUUAAGUGGAAGACGUGCUUUCUCAGUGAGAUAUAUUAAUAUACAAUAAAUGCACGUGCAUUCUACAUGACAUACAGAUUAGCAGACACGAUCGACAAUUUGUUUCACAUAAACGGACGGUAUGACAUCCCAUGGAACAUGAAUAUAUUGUUAUUCCGGAAGCUGGACAUAUGUAACCCUUGUUACGAAGUGUUCCUGUCUACAUCUAGCGUGUAACUCUAGAAGUUAACAGCACGAUUUUCCUAUUUCUAAGUGAUUCGUUCAUUGGAUUUUACCUGUAUCUAAGUGUUUUCUGUUUAAGAUUCAGACCAUGAGUGUAUGCGCUGUGUUGAUUGUGUUUCUACUGCAAUCGAGUCUGACGUCACAGCAGUCAUCAGAAAAUCUUCCGAGGGGACCAUGGCGUCUGGCGUUCAAGUCGGUCCACAACAAACCAAGCGGCCUCUACAAAGACCUCUUCUCUCUUUAUGAAGCAGAUGAUACCCUGCACGCGGAUGAUCUUUCUGCAGUGAAAGACUUCAGCAAGAACAGCAAGCCAUUUAAGUCAUCACUGUUAGAUGAUUGGACAACGAAGAAAAUAAGCGUCCAGGCGGUCAAACUAUCCUUUUUCAAAGACGGCGAGGAGAAACGUUUUAUCGUUUUUGACGGAUCCGGAAGAGAUAAGAUGAACUGGAUGGACUGUGAUAACAUCCUGUAUUCCUCCUAUAGUGAUCUGUCCUCAGCCUCACCAGAAACGUGUGAAAUAGGGAGCUACGCCGCUCUCCGAUUUACGGUGAUGCAGCAGUUUCCUCUGGCGAACCCGUGUAACGCAGUCCAAGGUUGGGCUAACGUUAGAGAUGCUACAGCUUCAUUCUUUACAUGUGACAGCGUAUGGCCUCACUCUACUGAAGAUCGACCAUACUUUCUAUAUGCCACGGGGGACACGAUGGGAUCCUUCAACAAUAAAUCAGAGGUGGCGAAGGCUGACAGUAUGGCAAUAUUUUUACAAGUAUGGGACAUGGUGUUUAAAGGUGUAGCCAACCAGGAAACAUUCCUAUGGUACAUCUGGAUGUCAGGACAGACACGAAACGCAAACAGUACGGACGUCAAGACGUUGACAACAUCUAGUCUUCAGACCUACAAAUCAACCGUGGUUAAUUCCUGGGCCUCUUACAGUAUAGACAGGGUGAAGUUCGCCAUGUUUGUCAGUGGUUAUGAGGCAGCAUUUGUUGUAUUCGACGGGACAAACACGGACCAGAACUCAUGGUUUGCGCACGAAAAACUGCUGUACUCGUCUUAUACAGACAUAAAAGACGCCAAGGCAGUGUGUUCUAUAGAAGGUGAUGGUAUACGACGUUGGCAGAUCCACAAGACUUCCGGUCCAACAUGUGCUGAUGACACAGCUUGGAUGAUGGUUCUUGAUGACGAUAACAGGACGCAGACAUGCGCAUGGGACUACCAGUCUGGGUUUUUGUACAGUCAGGAACCAGUGGCCGUACAAUUUGAAAGAGAGUCGUCGUUUAAUGCCGCCAAAGUAAAACAGGCAAACGUUAUGGGAGUCUUUCUGCAUGGAUGGCGUCCAGUCUUUAAGAUAUCUACCGGUAGUGACCUCGGAUCUGCCAGUUCUGUGUUUGACCUUUGGUCUGCUAACGUUACUGUCAAUGAAGGAUCAGAAGCCGCUAUUUCCACGUUUCCUGGAACACCAAAUUUCAAAUCCGGAGUGAUUAAUACAUGGAGCAACCAUAACAUCCGAGCGGUAAAGCUGGCGUUCUAUGUCGGAGGCUUACAGAAGGCUUACGCAGUAUUUGACACUACUACAGCGGACCAGCAGAAUUGGCUCGACUGUAAACGUCUUCUAUACACCAGCUACGACGACCUAUUGACCAGAGAUCCAGCUACUUGUAGCAUGCAGGGGCAAGCAUCUGAAGGGCGUAGGUUUUUUGUCUCUGGACCGGAAAUGGACUGCGAUAACACUAGUGCCUGGUUCGUGCUCCUUGACAAAACAAACAUUGGUUCAUGUUCAUGGGAAACUUCCUCUACAGAUCGUCCAAGGUUUCAUUUCUCGGGAUCCCCAACGAAACAACCUGUUGAAGAUCUUAUUGAAGCGGAUACGUUUGUCAUUUACGUUGAUAUGGCAGAGUGUACAACUAAUCCUUGUGAAAAUGGUGGAAGAUGUGAGGAAGUUGCUGGAAGACAUGUCUGUCACUGCACUGAUGGAUAUUACGGUGCUUCGUGCACAGACCGAAUGGGUGGUUGGUCUGAUUGGUCCAACUGGACAGAUUGCACGGUAACGUGUGGGGGAGGCUUUGUAAACAGAACUCGAUUCUGUAAUAACCCCCCAGCAGAAGGUGCGGGUACCUGUACAGGCCACUCGUCCGAAGCAGAAAUCUGCAAUACCAAAAAUUGUCCAAUCGAUGGCCAGUGGUCGACCUGGACGGACUGGUCAAAUUGUUCCAUGGAGUGUGCAGGCGGAGUUCGUAACAGAUCACGUGUCUGUGACAGCCCAUCUCCUCAGUAUGGUGGCACUACUUGUCCUGGGAACGACACACAUGAGAAUUCUUGUAACAACGAUCCCUGUCCAAUUGAUGGAGCAUGGUCCGACUGGGGGAAUUGGAGCGAAUGUUCUGUAUCAUGUAAUGGUGGUCUUCAGACAAGAAAUCGGACGUGUAAUAGCCCCAAACCCCAAUAUGGUGGACAAGAGUGUCCAGGAGACGAGUACGAUACCAGCAGUUGUAACAUAAACACAACCUGUCCUCCAGUUGACGGCGGAUUCGGAGACUGGUCACCCUGGGGAGAGUGUUCAGCUAGUUGCGAAGGCGGAAACCACACUCGUUCACGCGCAUGUGAUAACCCACUUCCUGAAUGGGGCGGAACAAACUGCACAGGAGUCUUCUAUGAUAUUGGCACAUGCAAUGAAAUCAAUUGUCCAAUUGAUGGAAACUGGGGAAAUUGGUCUGAGUACUCAGCAUGUACCAACUUAAAUAAGGCGGACCGGAAAUGCGGAGAUGGUCAACGGCUGCGCACCAGAGACUGUGACAACCCUGCACCACAAUAUGGUGGCGCUACCUGUCCUGGCAGCUCAAGUAGUUCAAUACCGUGUUCAGUCAACUGUUCGCUGAUAUGUCCUGACAACUGGCAGUCGUUUUGUGAAAUGCCAGAUUCAUCCACUUCCCGUCCGCUGUACUCGGAGAUCCUGGUUGGAAUCGGACUCUUACUCAGUUUCCGUCAUAUAGUAUGACACCAAUAAGCUGACGAAGGAAAGGCUGAAAAAAUCAAAGUAAAAGAAAAAAAUUGUAAAAUUCGCCAAAUAUGUUGAACAAUAUUUAGAUGAGAAAUUGACUUAUUCUAAUGUUUAGAAGACAACUUUUGUUCUAAACAAUCAAUAUUAGAUACUGGUUUAAAGCAGAAGUAUCAAAUGUCAACCCCAAACAUUAACUGAUUGUAUGGUCAUAAAGUUCAUCUUGGGGAAACAAAAUGACCUCAUGUUCUGCGUUUCUUCCUACUCUGAACUAUUUUUCUUGCAAUAUUAGAAUUUCAGAAUGUGUUUGAGAGGAUGGUUAAGUUAAUGAUGAAUAUGGAAAAUAAACCUUCAGAAAAAUAAAUAGAUUUAUUCCAGUUACAUAUACUACCAAGGGAGACUAGAAAUACUAAGAUAAAAUACGCUUUACUCCAAGGAACCAUAACUGGAUACAACUAAUCAUAGUACUCAGUAUAGGAAACAGAUGUACAAACUAUGUACGUUUAAUCAUAUUAUAAAUUGACUUUUUAGAAAUCACCAAAUUACCCAAAUUCGUUCUACAAAGCAAACUGGGAAUUCGGUUUCUCAAUGGCGUACAUUUGUUAGAGCUCUGAAUGAAUUCGAGAUAUUUCAAUUAAUUAACGUAACAGUCAUUGAAACAAUGCAAUGAGCUCUUUGAUUUGUCCAAUUAGGAUUCAGGAUUAAAAGUACACCUGAACUAUUUUCGACAUCCUCAAUGAAAAAAGUCACAGAUGUGCUUAUUUUGAAUUAUCUGUUCUCUCCCCUGUACAUUUAACUCAUCGUUUACUAAUCAAUACUUAAACAUGUAGAUAACAAAAAUCUCUCUCAACGAUAUAUAAAUCUAACAACUGUUUUGUUUAACGAAGAAUGGAGUAUCUGUCUUGGAGAAGGAUACACUUGCAGACAUACAUGUGGAAGUAGAAGGGAGGCUACUCAAAUAGUGCAAAUGACAUUCAACUUAUUGUUUGUUUUGUAACUGUGCACGAUCUAUGUAAAAUAGAAGUUGAUUCUGAGGAAUAUGUGCGUGGAUGAAGAAUGUUGACAGUAAAUAUAAUCAUGAUUUUAAUCAUAAAACACUAACAUGCUAUGUUGUUUUGAUCUAGACAUUAGUUUUUUUCUAGAUAGCUCUUUGAUAUCUUCCACUUUCAAACUUUCAGUUUUCCAUUUUAUUUGAGUCGAUAAUUCAAGGAUUUCAAUCGAAAGCUCUGUAAUCAACAAUAUCUGUUAUUGUGAUAUCAUACUUAUCAUGCCGCCAGGGCAAUGACUGGCUAGUGUAUGUAAUGAAUGAGAGUGGAGAUUCGCUUGUUUGCAUUUCAUUGAUUUCUCUUCUAUUUUGUUUUUAUUUUUUAAAUUUUUUUCAUACAUUACUUUUUGGUUCAUGGAUUAAUGAAUGUAAUAUUUGUCAUGACUAUUUUUACUUUGUACAUAUUUAAUUAGGCCUAUUAUGCUAUAUAUACACUUUAACUGAUAGUGUGAUUGACGAUUGAUAGUGUUGAAGUUUGCAGAAUAAGAUAUUUAUACACAUACAUAUAAAGAGUUAUUGAUAUAUAAACAGAGAUAAUAUUCCUUCUUGCUAGACACGGUUUAUGCUUUAUUUGUAUAGACACCAAUGUUAUACAAACAGAUAUUAAUCCUACGGCAUUAGUUCGCUUUCCAAGCCAAUCAAGGAAAUUCUGAUACUUCGGAUGUAUUUAACCUCGUUAUGCGCAAUUAAAAAACUGAACAUUAUAGAUGUACUGUAAAGAGAAAAAACACACAAAGACACAAUAUUAAAUAACACACAAUGACACAUAACAUAAAAUGACAAUACACUACAAAUAUUAAAAGCGUCUCUGGACUAUUUGAUACUGAUCUUUUUCGGUUGAUGAUUCAUAUUUUUAAAGACACUAAUCUUUUCGCAAUUAUGUUUUUGUGAGGGAAGGUACCGUCGUAUAGACCGAAAUGAUUCACGAACAUGCAGCAUAUGUUUGCCACAAAACUGUUCUCGUGAUUUAAUGACUGUUUGAUAAGAUAAACAAUUACUUACUUAUUACUGUAUUAAAAAAGGGAAUAUAAUUUACAAAGGGACAUGGGCAACUGGUCAACAAGAUGCAAUUUGUUACCUAGCAAAGAUGUAUAGAAUCAGUCAACGCGAAAACUUUGCUGGAGCGCCAUACUUGCUAUCGGUGUUAGUGGUUUGUCUGGAGACGUCGAGCAAAAUCUGAUGAAGUUUCACAAUAAUAUUGGUUGCAUAAUUGCUUUGCUAUUUCAUGAAAACAUCGCAAUUUUCCUAAUAACCCAAUUUCUUAAAGCAAAAUAUGACAACGCACAUUCCCAGGUUAUACAUUGUGACAUCGCGAUAUGGAUCAUAGAUUAGAUAGUUAUGCAAAAGAAAAGCAGUUGAAUAGAACCAUUUACUACAAAUUUAGAGUUCCAUACAAUUGCGCCAAGCAAUGAACUAAAUUGCAUGUUAUACUUUGUUCUUUUUAAUAGAUUCAGAUGACAUGAAAAGGACACCCGAGUAUUCUAUUACAUUUUUCGUAACUGAAAUGUUAUGAAAAGGAUACAAAACUGAUUUUCAUGUUUUAUGAGUAUUGUUUUUAUUUAUUUAUAUAUGUACUUAUCUAUUUAUUUUCUUAUCAGCUCGCCAGAGGCUCAUUACAAUUUUUCAAUUGGUUUCAUAAACUCACAGGGAAAAGGAAACUGAUAUAAGAGUAAAAAUGAUAUCAUUGUCUGUUUUGGAACAUUUUCGUUUGGUUGGUAAUGUUGAUAACAUAGAUGACAACACGGUCACCUUCAUUCUUCAUGCGAGAAUCUGUUUAGUAUUGGCCCACUGCGAAAUAUCCAGAUAGCUUCCUUCACCAGCGCGUAACUAAUAUAACUUCAGUACAUUGUUAUCAUCUUGUGUAUUUUUGGUCUAUAAUACCUUCACCAUCUUGUCGCAUUAUACUCGACUUUCUUGUACAUAGAAUAAUAAUACAGAAAACGUUGAUCGAUUCUUUACCAUCUCAUACACUACAUACAUCAGUGUUAGUACGCUCCACACUGGACAUUUAUCUGAUGAAGGUGACCUCGUUAUUAUCGAAUCGUUACACUCUAAUCUUCUACUGGAUGUGUUAUAAAAAUUCUAUUUAAUUAUCACUGUAAUAAAGAAGCGGAGAUCAGGGAAAGAAUAUUUACUUUUAAACUCAGUCUUGGAUAUCUUUGGAUAUAGAUUUUCUAGUCUGUACAAAUGACAAAAUUUUCUACUACUACAUAUUCAUGAUUUUUAACUGAAUUUAACCUUUACACAUACAUAAAUAACAACACAUUGCACAUAUUUAUCAUUUAAUGUUUAUGGUGAUAAAACACGAGAGCGUCCUAUGUGAUUAAUAUUAUAUGACCCGAAUUAUCGGUAAAUCAUGACUUCAUUAAUUAUAUCUGUAACAUUUCAUCAUUAUUUAUUAAUAUACAUAUCAUAUAUGUGUGUGUGUUCAUGUCGUUGAAUUAUCGAGUGCAAUACAUAUUAUCACAAAUAUGUAACGUUGACGUCAACAAUUUGUUCCCCUCCCGUCCUGUGUGCUAAUAACAAUUAUAGAUAACUGGAAGUCGACCUACAGUUGAUUUAAGAAGUCAGUUAAAAUUUAGGUUACAUAAGGAAAGUUUUUUAGUACUUAGCAUAGUAACCGGUGUUAGGGUAACUCAUACUAAAUUGCCAUGCCUUACAUUCUAGAACAUGCAUCCUCUGGACACUGUUUAAUAGAAUUGGUACGAUGUAUCAUUCAGAUUUUUUGUCAAAUAUAUAUACAUAUUAAAACAAUUUCUUUGUAUCAAGUUCAUAUAAUGAAAAAUAAUCAAACUGGAAACAUUUCUUAUUUGUAAAGCACAAGCGUUUACAUGUGAAAUCUUCAGCCGCUUUACAGUUAGUUUUGCUGGCUUAGUAAGCCUACAUGGUUGUCUGCAUGGUAACACAAUAUGACGUCAUUAAUAAUGGCUUAUGUUUAGGUUUAAGCUGUUAUGCUUUACUUAUCAAAAGUGUUUCGAAAUUUGUUAUUUUCUAUAUAUAAAUGUGUAUAUAUCAAUUUAGGAAUUACUCCAAGAAAGCCAUUGCUGAGAAGACCAUGUGGCACUAUACAUUUUAAUAUCUCAUAUAUAUUGGUGUUUGUGUUAUUUUAUUGUUGAAAGUCCAGUUCAUGGGAUGAAGCCUAUCAUGGAUGAAACACCAAUCUGCAUUUGUAUAACAAAAUAACAGAAAAUGGAUAGAUCCAUUGUAAAAUUUGAAAAACAACCAGCUGUACUAUGAAUAGCAUUGAACCCAUUAAGGAAAACCCUCAACUGUGGGUCUUCACAAACACAUAUGUAUCUUAAUGUAAGUUUGGAUAAAUGAACUUGCUCUUGCUAUCAACUCUGGCCUGGUUAGAAUAUAUGUAGUUUUUGAUUGUGGUACACUGGAAGGCAUUUAUCAAACAUUUAUACACGUAUAGUAGUGUAAUACCCUGUAUUAUUUUGUUUUUUUAACAUUAGUUUCUCAAUUAAAAUUGUCAAUAUUUCUGCUCAUCUUAACUAAUGAAAGUGUGAGUUUUCUUCAUUCUUAGUUUUCAUUUUUCACUUAUUUGCUAAUAACGAGACCCAUUGGGAGACUGCACAUUUCGUUCAAUAUUUUAAUUUGAAGUAAAAGUAAUUUAGUUUUUUGUUGCCAAUUCAAUUCGAAAUUCGUUUAUCAACUUUUAGAAAAUACCUCAUCAGUCUGUUUCAAUCCAGAUAUCACGAAUAAUUCUUUGGGUACAUGCACAGUGUUUUAUCAUUUAAUUCGUGUAUGAUCAUUAUAACAAGGCUUUACAUUACCUGCACAAUUGACAGAAUCGUGUGUAUUGACGAAAGAAAUAAAAUCAAUCAGAAAUACAA